AUGGAUGAAAAAGACGAACAUUCUCCAAGCGAGUUUUAUUGUCCUGAAGAUCUGGAAACUUUUGAUGUAGAAACUGAAACAGGCAUCACCGAAAGCCAGGAGGCCAUAGACGAUUUUAUCAACCAACAGAAAAGUGCAAACACGAACAAGAAGACGGCUACUGAUAUGAACACUCUUCUCCGCGACAUGGAAGCUAAUGGUAUGAAAAAUGAGAAAAUUGAAAGCUUACCUGCGUCCGAGCUUGACCACCUUUUGUUGAAAUUUUUUUUGAACGCACGCAAGAAAAAUGGAGAAGAGUACGAGCCAGCAACAGUUUCCAGUUUUCAGCGCUGUAUACAGCGAUACUUAAGUGAGAAGAAAUAUCCAUUUAACAUACUCAAGGACAAUGAGUUCGAAAAAUCCAGAAAAGCCCUUGCAGCGAAGCGAAAGUCACUUGUUCACGAGCACGGCAAAGGAAACAAACCACAAGCUGCUCAGGCUAUCGACGAAGACGAAGAGGAUGCCCUUUUUGAAGCAGGAGAAUUCGGCGACUCCAAUCCAGUUGCGCUUCAAAGAACUGUU